GUGUGCGUUUAAAGCCGCCUCUGUGGUCACCACCUAAAAGGGUCAAACAUGGGUGCUUCCUAUUCUUUAUGCUCUCAUUCCACUACCCUCUCCACUCACACCCUUCUGCACUCACAUCCCAAAGCCACUGCCUUUUCUCAUAUAAGACAAUCUGGAUUACCAAAUCCAUCUUUCAAAUUGAAUCCAACCAAUCAAAUAUUCCAGACCCAUCUCAGGAUCAUGGCCCAACCCUCGCAAGUUUUGCCUCUCCAGGGUGGGAAAGUUGAAGUUGGGGAGACCCAAGAGGGAAAUGGCACAAGACCCUUGUUGGAUUUUCAUAGGAUUGAUCAGGAAUUGGUUGAGAAGAUUGUGUACGAUGCUCUUGUUUGGAGCUCUCUUCAUGGGCUUGUUGUUGGUGACAAGUCUGUUCAGAGAUCAGGAAAAGUACCUGGUGUGGGCAUGGUACAUGCACCGUUUGCUUUAUUGCCGAUGCCGUUUCCAGAAAGUCAUUGGAAGCAAGCGUGUGAGUUAGCCCCCAUAUUUAAUGAACUUGUUGAUCGAGUGAGUUUGGAUGCAAAGUUUCUGCAGGAUUCACUGUCCAGAACGAAGAAAUCGGAUGCUUUUACAUCUGGACUUCUAUAUAUUCAUUCCAAGAUGCAAGAGAUUAACAAGAAAGAGGAUAUACGCUUGGGUUUACAUCGCUCAGAUUAUAUGCUUGAUGAACAAACUAAACUACUCCUUCAGAUAGAGAUGAACACAAUUUCAUGUUCAUUUCCAGGACUUGGUUGUCUUGUCAGUGAUCUUCACAGGAGCUUACUCAACCACUAUGGAGAAUUUCUUGGAUUGGAUUCCAAAAGAGUUCCUAAUAAUCCUGCAGCCAGUCAGUUUGUAGAGGCUUUGGCUAAAGCUUGGACGGAAUACAAUAACCCAAGGGCUGUAGUCAUGUUCGUGGUUCAGGCUGAUGAACGCAACAUGUAUGACCAACACUGGCUUUCUGCCCUAUUGAAAGAAAUACAUAAUGUAUCAACUCUUCGGAAAACAUUGGCAGAAAUUGACACAGAGGGGGAGCUUCUACCAGAUGGAACACUUGUUGUGGGUGGCCAAGCAAUUGCUGUUGUGUAUUUCAGAGCUGGGUACACACCAAAUGAUUAUCCUUCUGAAUCAGAGUGGAGAGCAAGGCUACUCAUGGAGCAGUCAUCUGCCAUCAAGUGCCCCUCAAUUUCUUAUCAUCUAGCAGGGACCAAAAAGAUCCAACAAGAACUUGUGAAGCCUAAUGUUCUUGAGAGGUUUGUUGACAAUAAAGAGGACAUUGCAAAAUUGCGGAAAUGCUUUGCAGGAUUGUGGAGUUUGGAUGACUCGGAUAUCGUAAAAGACGCAAUAGAAAGGCCUGGAUUAUAUGUUAUGAAGCCCCAAAGAGAAGGCGGAGGGAACAAUAUCUAUGGCAAUGACGUGAGGGAAGCCCUCGUGAGAUUGCAGAAAGAAGGAUCAGAAGCAGAUGCUGCUUAUAUCCUAAUGCAGAGGAUAUUCCCUAUUGUUUCUCACACACUCUUGAUGCGCAAUGGCAUUUGUUAUAAAGAUGAUACUGUAUCUGAGCUGGGGAUAUAUGGUGCUUACUUAAGGAACAAAGAGAAAGUGAUCUUGAAUGACCAGUGUGGCUACCUGAUGCGGACCAAGGCUGCUUCAUCAGAUGAAGGUGGAGUUGCAGCUGGAUUUGCAGUCUUAGAUAGUUUAUAUUUAACCUGAGGAAUCUGGCUUCCUAAUUCUGCUUAAAUGGGUUGAUUCGUAGAGCCAAAUACUUCACGGUUGAUUUAUUUACUCAUAAUAAAACAUACCACAAGAUCCGAGAGGUUACUGAAUUUUGACAAGUCAAAACACAUUUUUCAUGUAUUUGUUCCCAUUUUCGCUUCAUUUAUUUACAGAGAGAAAAGAGCAGUAA